AUGAGCAACAGCUAUAGAGCACAUGCUAACGACAGACCGGAUUGGGCCAUCCUUUUGUCCUGGCCGUUCAAGGGGCUUCCGCCCUCCAAACCCGUGUCGGACCAGCUGUUGGAUGACUUGUCCCGCGAUAUCACUGCUGAAUUCAAGAAUGCCGCCAGAUCCGUUGCGGCCCUAUACAAACUUUCCGAUUCCAAAGCCAGCCUACUAAGACACCGCGGCUAUCUCGAUGCGAUCGAUGAUUUGCUAGAGUGUAUCAGUUGUGGCGGCGACGUCGAAAACUGGGCGUUGACCAAGCGUGCCGAGUUAGUUGGUAAUAGUCAAACUGCCCCUGCCUCUGUCCCAUCCACCUCGGAGAACCAACAGCCAACCAUAUCCACUCCUCCGGGCAAAGCCGCCAACUUAGACAACGGCCUUCCGCUGGACUUUCCCUUCACGAUCAGCCUGCCAUGUCCGCACGAGUUCCACCCAAGUUUCGCCCCCUUAUCGGUGCAGCACAUCCACCAACAAAACAUGCAGCACCACAGCCAGCACCACAGCCUAAACGUUGGACUCGGUCCUGGGUCCAGAAAGUUACAGACCCUUGUCCGGACCUCCAGUGCGAUGAAGAAAAGCAGCGGUAGCGAAGCCGACGAAGAAGCGGGUGGGGAUGAUGAAAACGAGAGCGACAGUGACGGAAACCUGUCUUUCUCCAUGCAUGACCAGAGUAUUGACUACACAGACCAGAAGGAAAUCACUGACAGGGAUGACAAUUUGGACGAGGAGUGGAUUGUGGACGAACACGACGGAUCGACCAUCGCUGGUGCAAAGAGACGUUUUUUGAGAGAAUGCGGGGAUAAAAAGCCGAGGGUUUUGUGA